CAUUUCUUUGUAAUCUCGAUUCUCGACUCCGCAUGUAGCAUAUAGAAAUUAGAAAUUGGAAGUUUUGAGGACUAUAAAUUAAAAAACGAAGCACGGGCGAACAGACACAGGCUCCAUUUUAACAAAUUAGCACAGUCGCUUCGAUCCAUUGAAGCUCCCAAAGGCCUCUGCUGAAGGAGGAGGCCUCAACUGCAGCUACGUUCAAGGACAAGGGGGGACAUACACUCUCUCUGGGAAACCCAUGGAUUUGACGGAGGGAUCGACGGCUUAAACCCGCGAAAGCUAAGCUCCCUCCUUUCUCCCAAUCUCAUUUAUGGAUGUAUGUAUAGCUAGUGCAUGAGGCUUUGAAAGUUGCUCCUCAGAAUGGUGGACGCGGCAGGUUUGGCUGAGGCAGCAGGAUCAAGAUUCAAUUCACUGGAGCUAAUUGGACAGGGAUCAUUUGGGGACGUUUAUAAAGGCUUUGACAAGGAGCUCAACAAGGAAGUUGCUAUCAAAGUGAUUGAUUUGGAAGAAUCAGAGGAUGAGAUUGAAGAUAUUCAAAAGGAAAUUUCUGUUCUGCAACAAUGCCGAUCUCCAUAUAUUACUGAAUAUUAUGGUUCUUAUCUCAAUCAAACUAAACUUUGGAUAAUAAUGGAGUACAUGGCUGGUGGCUCUGUUGCUGACCUACUCCAAUCAGGUCCUCCACUUGAUGAAAUGUCAAUUGCUAGCAUUCUGCGGGACUUGUUGCAUGCAAUUGAUUAUUUACACAGCGAAGGAAAAAUCCAUAGAGACAUUAAAGCUGCAAACAUUUUAUUGACUGAGAGUGGUGAUGUGAAGGUUGCAGAUUUUGGCGUUUCUGCUCAGUUAACAAGGACCAUAUCAAGGAGGAAGACGUUUGUAGGAACCCCAUUCUGGAUGGCACCAGAGGUCAUUCAAAAUUCAGAAGGAUAUAAUGAGAAGGCAGAUAUCUGGUCUUUGGGGAUCACUGCAAUUGAGAUGGCGAAAGGAGAGCCUCCACUUGCUGAUCUUCAUCCAAUGAGAGUGCUUUUUAUCAUACCCCGAGAGAAUCCACCCCAGCUGGAUGAGCAUUUUUCUCGUCCCAUGAAGGAAUUUGUUUCUCUGUGUCUAAAGAAAAUUCCUGCUGAGAGGCCAAGUGCUAAGGAACUUCUCAGACAUCGAUUUAUUCGGUAUGCUAGGAAAAGCCCCAAGCUUUUGGAGAGAAUAAGGGAGCGUCCCAAAUACCAAAUAAAGGAGGAUCAAUCAACACCUAGAAAUGGCCCAAGAGGGACAGGGGAGGGAUCUGAUACUAUGAAGGCGGCAAGAGAUAUAAGAGGUGAAGAAGCUCAAAGGCCUAGUGGUCAGGGUAAAAGCGUUAAAAAUGCUGGAUGGGACUUCAGCAUUGGUGGAUCACAGGGUACUGGAGCCAUUCGCAGUUCACGUCCACCUCAUAGUCCAAUAACUGUUCCUAAUCAAAGAAAAACUUCAGAGAGUGGCCAUCCAGGGGCAUCUGCCUACAGAAGUAGACUGACUGAAUCCUCAGAAACUACAUCUGGAAAAGAUGCUAGGGCUCCUUAUCAUGAUGAGCACAAGGGCAAUCACCUGAACGAUGAUGAAUUGUCUGGCAAUGAAUCAGGGACAAUUGUCAUCCGAUCUCCGAAAGGAUCACAUCAAUCAUUAAGUCGUGACCAUAGCUCUCUGUCUAGCAGCAGCUUUUUCUCUCUUGAAGAUGCUUCUACCAGUGGAACUAUUGUUUUCCGUGGUCAGCAUGAUGAUUCUGAUACGCAGACAGCAAGAUCCAGACUGGGUCUUCAGGAGAGAACUUCAAAUGCCUUUCUAGAGGAUAGUGCUGCAAAUCUUGCUGAGGCAAAAGCUGCUAUGCAAGCAGGAUGGAAAGGGAAUGCCCGAGACAGAUUUGUGGUGGGAAAGAUCAAUAAUGAUUUGCUAGAAGGCAGGAGAGACCAAGCAACAGGCAGCCCUGAUUCUUCUAGAUUAUCUCGUGACUAUGUGGAUGCGCAAAAAGGAAUUUUAAGAUCUCACCAUCCUAGGGAUGACGAAGGAAGUGCCAAAAUAAUGUCAUCCUCUGUACCAUUAUCAAACUUGCUUAUUCCUUCAGUGAAAGAGGCUAUUGCUAAUGAUCCAGAAGGCUCAAUUGUAGGAGAAGUCAUCAAUUCACUUGUCAGCAUGGAACGUGCAAAUCCUAAAUCCUGUGAUGUUCUUGUCAAAAAGUUGCUUCGGCGGUUGGCAAGUUCAAAAGAAUCUUCAUUGAAGGAGCUGCAGGAUCUGGCAGGCGACUUGUUCAGCAAGUCAGCUUUGGAAGAAACUCGAAACAAAAGUGCGGCAACUGAUGACUGGAGGACGCAGCAGAACAAGGAUACCUACUCAAAUAGCAAUUUAAGCCCACUUGCAAAAUUUCUUCUCUCCAGAUGGCAAGGUCAAGUCCCAAAGGAUCUAAAUCCAACUUAAGUAGAGGACGUUUGGUGGUGGUGGUGUUUUCUGUUUACCUAUUUGCUUACUGAUUAAAUGUACAUAGAUCAUUGUAAGAAAUUGGUUUUGUAUGUUAUAUUGUCAAUUGUCAUCAUCAUCAUUAUUCUAUUUCUUUUUCUUCAUUGUUUUUAGGCCUUGAUAGUGAGAGUAACGCUGUAUAAUUAGGGGUUUGCUCAUUGACAUAGUAAUUGUAACAUACAACCAUUAAUUCGAAUUUACAGAUGCUUUUCUCUUUGGAAAAAUCA